UGUCACUUUGAAAUUCGAGGUUAACUCACAUGUGAAUGUGAUGUUAAGGUUAGGUACGGAGUAAAUACGGCUUUUUUUUUAUUCAAAAAAUGGCUAACACUAGAUUGGAACGGAUUGGAACGAUAUACUCUCGGGUAACGUCUCUUUUAGAAGGAAAAGCAUGGACUUCAGAGCACAUACCAAUUUGGUACAACAUUUAUAAAGCUUUUCCACCUAAAUUAGAACCUAAAUAUGACAGAGUUGCUCCAAAAAUCGAAAUCAAGGAUAUUUUUUAUAAAGAAGAUAUCAUCAGAGCGAAAUUUCAGAAAGAGUAUAAUAAUUAUUUGAGAUAUGACUUUUUCAAAAGUGAUACUCCAUCAAUAACACAAAAAUUCUUAGCGGUUUACAAUGAUUUAGAAAAGAGUGGAAUAGCAGAAGAAGAGCUUUAUGAAAAAGCUAUAGAAAAAUUCAAAUUACAAAAUCCAAAUUUCGGAGCUAAGAGGCAAAGCGUAUUAGAAUCAUCAGGAAAUGCGAAAAAUACAUCUGAAUCUGAUAAAUUAAAACAAUAGAAUGGAUGAAAUAUUAGAGAAAAACUAAUUUUACAAAUUGAAUACCGUAUAAAAUAUGACUAUAUGUAAUAAAUAGAAAGAUUGAUUAAGAAUAAAUUUACUUUUAA